AAUUUUAGUGACCAAAAUGAAGUUGCUUUAUUCACUUAUUCUACGUUUGUAACCAAUAGAAUGCGAUUAAUGUAUCAUAGUCAAAACAAAAGAAAAAAAGUAUAGAAGUUAUUUAGUGCAAUAUAAAAAGUGUUGCUUUACUCGAUCUUGGUACGUAGAUCGCUUCAAUUCAUUGGUGCCAAUGGAAGAGAAAAGAUGUGCAGUUGUGACGGGAGCAAACAAAGGAAUAGGAUAUGAAAUAUGUCGUCAACUUGCCAUUCAAGGGGUCCAAGUCAUAUUAACAGCUUUAAAUGAGAGUCAGGGGAUGGAAGCUGUCAAAAAACUUAACCUUCCGAAUGUUAUAUCUCAUCAACUUGAUAUCAAAGAUCCAUCUAGUGUUGCGCGUUUGGCCAACUUCAUCGAAACUCACUUCCGGAAACUUGAUAUCUUGGUAAUCAUUAUUCCAAAGAAUAUACAUUAUUAUAAACUGCGCAUGAUUAAACUUGAUGAUAAGGAGUUUAGAGACGGAGGAGGUUUUGUAAAUUUAGUAGAUGAGAAAGCACAUCUUUUAACCCACAUUAUCAAAGAACCUUACGAAUUAGGAGAAAAAUGUCUGGAGAUCAAUUAUUACGGAACCAAAGCAGUCACAGAAGCAUUACUUCCGCUUCUCCAACUCUCUAAAUCUCCAAGAAUCGUCAACGUUGCCUCUAUUUACGAAGACCUAUACUGGUUUCACAACGACAACGAAAAGUUGAAAGAAGAGUUGCAAGAUAUCAAAACCUUGACUAAAGAGAGGAUUGAGGAGAUAAUUCAAUGGUUUCUAAAUGACUUUAAGGCUGGUAUGUUAAAGGAGAAUGGAUGGCCAUUAACAUGCUGUGCUUACAAAGUUUCAAAAGCUGCUCUUAAUGCUUACACAAGGCUAGUGGCUAGAAAGUUUCCAAACAUUAUGGUGAAUUGUGUGCACCCUGGGUACGUUGUAACGGAAAUGACAUCUCAAACUGGAUUUAUCACGACGGAAGAAGGUGCUAAAGGUCCGGUUAUGGUUGCUUUGUUGCCUGACGAUGGACCGUCUGGUGUCUUUUUCGACAAGACACAAAUCGCUCCAUUCUCAUCGGCAGACUUGAAAGUUGAAUAGAUGGAUAUAUAUAGCCCAACAACGUACCGGCCUAUUUUCACAUUUUUAUAUAUAUUUGAAAGUUGAAUAAUUACAAAACAUAGCAACAUGCUUUCAAAAUUUUAUCAU